GCAGCAGUGUGAGUGCAGCCAGAGCCAGAGAUAUUAGGAAUGAGAUGUGCUGAAUUCAGUCUUGCUUAUCCUCUUUUUAUUGAAUUUAACCUUUUCUCCAGAGGGAAGCCUACAAGCAUCCAAAGUCUGUGGUUUUACUGUCCUUAGAAUGGCUUCAGAGCUGUGAUCUCUGCACAGUGCUUGGACCAGCUCCUGUCAUGUAAUGGGGGGAAGGAUUUCUCCAUCUCCCCCUCCCACCAGCUGGAGCUGCUGCUGAAAGGUGCCUCCCCUUCCUCUCGCCCCUUCAGGGGGGCUUUGAAUUAAGAUCCCAGCGCGUUUUCCCCGCUCCGCUGCCGCUUUCCUUGUCCUGCAGCCUGGCACACGAGCACAGGGGUGGCUCGGGUGUCCCCAAGGUGGGUAGAGCACUGUCCCCACCCCGAGUGUCCGACCCUCGCCCCACCUGCUCCGUGCGCGCUGCCUUGGCUCCCUGCGGCUUUAAAGUUCCCUCGGCGAGCAGAGCGAAGGAGGGAGGAGGAAGCGUUUCAUCAUCGCUCCCGGGAGCUGCUUUAUAAGAAGUUGGCGCUGCCGCUGCCGCGCUCACUCGCGGCUCGCAGGGGCUCGGGCACGGCCCGCCGAUCCCGGGAUCCCCUCGCCAUGGGAGUCCGCCCCGAAGUUGGCAAAUCGCCGGUCGACAUCCCCAAGAGCUCCAGCACCUGCUCCAGGAGUGUCUUCUGCAACAUCAAGGUGUUUGUGCUGUGCCAUGGGCUCCUCCAGCUCUCCCAGCUCCUCUACAGUGCCAACUUCAAGAGCAGCCUCACCACCAUCGAGAAGCGCUUUGGGCUCUCCAGCCUCUCCUCAGGGUUCAUCUCCAGCUUGCACGAGAUCGGCAACGUGGUGCUCAUCAUCUUCGUCAGCUACUUCGGCAGCCGCGUGCACCGCCCGCGCGUCAUCGGGGCCGGGGGGCUGCUGCUGGCCCUGGGGGCUUUCCUGGUGACCCUGCCCCACUUCCUGUCGGGCCCCUACGAGUACACUGCCCUCAGCACCGGUAACAAAAGCCAGGGGCAGGUUGAGCUGUGCUAUGCAGAGAGCAGGUUUGUGUGCCCAAACACCACCAGGGACCCCCAGAAGGAGGCCAGCAGCAUGUGGGCCAUGAUGGUGAUUGCCCAGCUGCUGGCUGGGAUUGGCACUGUGCCCAUCCAGCCCUUUGGGAUAUCCUACGUGGACGACUUUGCAGAUGCCAACAACUCCCCACUCUAUGUUGCCAUCCUCUUUGCCAUUGCUGUGUUUGGCCCUGCCUUUGGGUACCUGCUGGGCUCCGUGGUGCUGCGGCUCUUCGUGGAUAUCGGCAGGGUUGACACUGUGGACCUGACGCCCGGUGACCAGCGCUGGAUCGGAGCCUGGUGGCUGGGGCUGCUCAUCUCCUCGGGCUGCCUGGUGCUCACCUCCAUCCCUUACUUCUUCUUCCCUCGGUACAUGCUGAAAGGAGAGGAGCGGAACACGGAGGCUGGGAUGCUCAGGAAGAUGGAGACAGGGGCUGCUGAGGAGACCUCCCUGCUGGAGUUCAUAAAAAGAUUCCCAAAGAUCUUCCUCAGGCUGCUGCUCAACCCCCUCUUCAUCCUCCUGGUGCUGGCUCAGUGCAGCUUCUCGUCCGUCAUUGCGGGUCUGGCCACCUUCCUCAACAAAUUCCUGGAGAAGCAGUAUGGUGCCUCCCCCUCCCAGGCCAACUUCCUCAUAGGAGCUGUGAACCUGCCGGCAGCAGCGCUCGGGAUGCUGCUGGGGGGGAUCAUCAUGAAGCGCUUCUCCUUCUCGCUGCGCGCCAUCCCGCGCUUCGCCGUCGUGGUGCUCGUCUUCUCCAUCCUCAUCUGCCUGCCCAUCUUCUUCAUGGGCUGCUCCACAGGCCACAUCGAGGGCAUCUUCCACCCCAGUACACCCAAUUCCCAGCAGCAGGUUAAGGCAAGGGUUGGGUGCCAAUGCUCUAAGCAGAUCUUCAACCCUGUGUGCCGGAAAAACACCACGGAAUACAUCUCACCCUGCUUUGCUGGCUGCACCAACAGCACCACCAACCCCUCCAAUCCCAGAGAAGUGAUCUACCACAACUGUUCCCUGAAUGGGAAUGAGCUGUUCUCUGCCUCCGCGGGCUCUUGUCCAGUCAGCUGCUCCCAUAUGCUCCUUCCUGCCAUAUUCCUCAUCUCCUUUGCUGCCCUGGUCGCCUGCCUGUCCCACAACCCCCUCUACAUGAUGGUGCUACGGGUGGUGAACCAGGAUGAGAAGUCCUUUGCCAUCGGAGUGCAGUUCUUACUGAUGAGACUGCUGGCCUGGCUGCCAGCCCCAGCCAUGUUUGGAGCCCUCAUUGACUCCUCCUGCAUCCACUGGCAGCAGCAGUGCUCCCAGCGCCGCUUCUGCGCCUACUACAACAACGACUUCCUCCGAAACAGGUACCUGGGGCUGCAGGUGGGCUACAAGGUGGUGGGCACCGUGCUGCUCGCCCUCAUCAGCUGGAAGGUGAAGAGGAGCAAGGAGUACAACGUGCAGGAGAAGGCAGCAGGGCUGGUGUAGCCCCAGGACUGACUCUCACCCCAUCACCCACUGCCACACUUUGUCUUGUUUGGGUUUGUUUCACUCCCCACCGGAGCGACUCCCAGCGCCUCUCCUGCAGCCCAGGUGCUCCUGGUGAGGGAUGCUCUGAGCCAGCCCCAUCCUGGGAAUGGCUCCUCCUGGGAAAGGCUCCUCCUGGGAAUGGCUCCUCCUGGGAAUGGGAUCACCUGGGAAUGGGAUCACCUGGGAAUGGGAUCACCUGGGAAAGGCACAUGCUGGGAAUGGCAGCUCCUGGGAAUGGGAUCACCUGGGAAAGGCAGCUCCUGGGAAUGGGAUCACCUAGGAAUGGCACAUCCUGGGAAAGGCAGCUCCUGGGACUGGCUCCUCCUGGGAAUGGGAUCUCCCAGGGUCUCCAGCACCCUGGGGAGGAGCAGCCCCCAGCCAGCUGGAGCAGGAGGCAGAGAAGUGCCUGCUGUGUGCCAUGGUCCCGCUCUGCUGUGACAUUCCUGGCUGGGACAGGAGCAGGGGAGGUGGCUGCCAGCCCUGGUGUCCCCACAGCCCCAAGAGAGGAGAGCAGGGACACAGCACACGUGUUGGGACAAGUCAGCACAAGGGGUUUAUUGCAGAACAUCUGGGGUUUGUUGCUCUUUUUAUUUUUUAAAUAAAGGUCACUUUUCCAAC